AUGAGGCUCGAAGCCCUCCUUCUCCUCGCUAUUGCGAGUAUCGUCAGAUGCAAGUACUGGCUCGAGGAGAUUGAACACCGUGGCACUUCUCCCUAUUACCCCGACGCUCAAUAUCGCGUGUUUCGGAACGUCAAGGACUACGGCGCUGUUGGUGACGGAAUCACUGAUGAUACAAAUGCGAUCAAUGCUGCAAUCAGCGCAGGCACUCGAUGUAUCCCCGGUGUCUGCAGAGGAAGCACCAUUUCGCCAGCGACUGUGUAUAUUCCUUCCGGAACGUACCUCAUAAGAGAUUCUAUUAUUGACCUGUACUAUACUCAAAUCAUUGGUGACCCUACCAACCGUCCUGUGAUCAAAGCCUCCUCGUCAUUUAACAACCAAAGCUUUGCACUGAUCGACUCAAACCCCUAUCUGUCCAGCGGAACUCUCUCAUACAAUUCAACCAAUGUUUUCUUCCGCCAGCUUCGCAACAUAGUCCUGGACACAAGUGCGCUACCCCCUCAGUUCCCAGCCAUCGGAAUCCAUUGGCCAUCUUCGCAAGCAACGUCCAUUUCAAAUUGCGAAUUCAGACUGUCGACUGUUCCGGGAAACAGACACACUGGUCUUUUCAUUGAGGAGGGAUCCGGCGGUCUCCUCAAUGACCUGUACUUCUAUGGCGGCGGCAAUGCCACUGUUCUCGGAAAUCAGCAGUUCACAGCACGCAAUAUAUGGUUCGUCGGGGCUGAUGUCGCGAUAUGGAUGCCUUGGGACUGGGGAUGGACUUUCAAAAGUGUCGUGUUCAAAAACUGCCGAGUUGGUAUAAAUAUGGAUCCUGCAUCGUAUAGCGUUGGAUCUAUUACGAUGCUUGACAGUUGGUUCGAAAACAUUGAUAUCGCCAUUGCUACAACACGCAACCGCUCACAGGCUAUAAGUGGCGCAGCGUCUUUGGCUUUCGAGAACGUCAAGUUUCAGAAUGUGAAAAGUGUCCUGCUAGACACCGAAGGCGUCGAUCAUGCACGUUCAGCCCUGGAACCAGGGAAAGAUUCUGUUUUCAUCAUGGGACACUAUGCUAACUCGAAGGGCAACUUCGAUGCAACCGCAUUCUACCCUGUCCCAUUACCUCGGAGUGAAAUCCUUCUCGAUCGUAAUAUCUACUACGAGCGGUCUAAACCACAGUAUGAAAAUGUUCCGAGCAAAGACUUCAUUUCAGCCAAGGCUAGCGGAGCAUACGGAGAUGCAGCACAUGACGAUACACAAGUACUUAACAAUCUGUUCAAGUACACAGCAGAGAGUAACCUCGUUGCAUAUCUUGACGCUGGAUACUACAUGGUUACGGAUACCGUCUAUAUCCCUCCGAAUGCUAAGAUAGUUGGUGAAGCUCUGGCAUCAAUCAUCAUGGGCACGGGGAAGAAGUUCGGGGACAUCAACAAUCCUCGCCCAAUUGUUCAAGUUGGUCACCCGGGAGAGGUUGGUCAGAUUGAAUGGUCAGAUACUCUUGUCUCAACCAGGGGAGCAGCAGCAGGUGCCGUUCUUAUCGAGUACAAUCUAUUCAGCCCCGGAAGUCCAUCGGGUAUGUGGGAUGUGCACACCCGGAUAGGUGGCUUUGCAGGAACAUAUCUCCAAGUUCCUGAAUGCCCUGCUAUAAAAGAUACCAACGUCAUAAACCCACGGUGUCUGGCGGCUUAUAUAAGCUUUCACGUAACAGCAUAUGCUGGGGGACUGUUUACAGAAAACUGCUGGUUCUGGGUUGCAGAUCAUGAUCUCGAGAAUCAGAAGUAUGAGCGGGUUUCUCUAUUUGCAGGCCGAGGUGUGCUUGUGGAAGCACAGAGGGGUCGCAUUUGGCUCAGUGCUACUGGUUCAGAGCACCACGUUUUGUACCAGUAUCAGUUCGUCAACACCAAGGAUGUGUAUAUUGGCCAUGCACAGACCGAACAAGCGUACUUUCAACCACUGCCGCCGGCCCAGUACCCAUUCCCAGCUGUGUCCGCUCUCCAUGACCCGGAUUUUGAGAAGGACUGCAAGGCAAAUAGUGAUCCAAGAUGCAACAUGGGUUGGGCAAUGAGGAUCAUCGACUCGAGCAAUAUCGCCACCUAUGGCGCAGGGCUAUAUUCAUUCUUUACCAACUACAACGAUACGUGCGCCAGUAAUACAUCACCAUUGUUUUGCCAGGAAAGGAGUUUAAGUAUACGAGGUCGCAGCACCGGUUUAAAGAUCUUAGGAUUGAGCACAGUGGGCACCAGAAUCAUGGUGGAGCGUGAUGGGGUAGAUUUGGCUCAGGCGGUUGAGAACAACAGCACAUUUGCAGACACUUUGGCUUUGUAUGUAUCAUGA